GGCGCCGUGGCUCCGUUCGGCGGCUAUCCCGCGGGCACCACGGCGACCGACAUGCGCUGCAGCCGGUGCGGCGGCGGGGACCGCUGCGGCACGGCCGGCUGCGGCCGCGGCGCCGUGGCUCCGUUCGGCGGCUAUCCCGCGGGCACCACGGCGACCGACAUGCGCUGCAUCGGGUGCGGCGGCGGGGACCGCUGCGGCACGGUCGGCUGCGGCCGCGGCGCCAAGGCUCCGUUCGGCGGCUAUCCCGCGGGCACCAUGGCGACCGACAUGCGCUGCUUCAGCUGCUCGUGCCCCGGAUGCUCGAGCGACGUGCCCCUGGCGCUGCAGCGGCGCUGCGCGACGCACGCCGCCUCGGAGGCCCUGGACGCCCUUGUGCGCCAGGUGCCGAUCCGCGCCGAGCAGAACGCCGCAUCGCUCGAUGCCCUCGCGGCUGACGACACGGUGCUCCAAGCCGUCCGCUUCCGCCUGCAGUUUGAGAAGGAGACAGUGUGCGUGUGGACGUUCGAGCAGCUGGAGGACCACCUUCGCUCCAACGUGCGCGCCGCCCUCAAGGAGGCUUCGGCGGACAUCAGCAACCGGUUCGAGUGCACCGACGAGCUGCUGAGCCGUGUCGAGAGCUACCACGUCGAGGUCCUCCGCGUGCAGGUCCGGGCGGCGCUGUGCUCGAUCGCGGUCGCCGCAGGCAGCGACUCGGAGCGGCGCGUCUCGUUCGCCCAAACCGUCGAGGCCUACCCGUGGCUGCUGCCGAAGCAGCUUUGCCCGCCGAAUGUGCAGCCCAUCUCUGAUGUGGCGAUCUCGGCUGGCUACGCUGCCUACAGCGGCGCGGCUGGCUCCGGCCGCGUGGUCCGUCAGCCGCACGGCUGGUCGUCGCUCAGCUUCUUCGCCCGGCAUGGCACGCAGCUGCUGAUCCGCGAGCAGCGGCGCGAGCCGGACGGCGACCUGAAGACGCUGCGGAUGGCGCACCUCCCGAGGGCGCUGCUCACGGCAAUGCCUCGCGGGGCGAAGCUGUCGUCGAGCGAGCGGAAGGAGCUCGACAGGGAGCUUCUGUGGUUACUCUCGUGCAGGGGGACGGUGCGCCUCCGUCUGCAGGACCUCAAGCAGCUGCGGCAGCUCGGCCUCACGCGCACUUGUGAUGACGGCACGACCGUCGUGCCCUUGCGACUCGGACCGCGCGCGUCGACGCAGCCAGGGCAAAUGUCGUCCAACCACCCCCCCCAGCAGCGCGCGCACCGGCUCGGCAGCGCCAAGGCCAAUGAGCUCCGCCAGCCUCGCGAGCGGACCUUGAGCAAAAAGACGCGCGCUUUUGGCGUCUUCCCUGACGGCUGCUUCUCCGCCGUGUACGGCAACUGA